UUCACAUUAAUUAAAGUCGAAAAAAUAAAUUCUAGCAUGAAAUUAUCAUUAAUAUUUUUGUAAAAAAUAUUCAAAGCUUUAAAAUUCGAAAAAAUUAGAAAUUAAUAAAAAUUAUGAAUAAGACGGAGUUCCAACGCCGUAAUGGAUCUCACAAAAUUAGAAUAAAUGUGUUGUGUGCAAGAAAUUUAGUUCGUAAAGAUUUAUUUCGACUGCCAGAUCCUUUCGCGAAAAUAUCUGUUGACGGAACUGGUCAAGUAUAUACAACUGAUCCAUGUAAAGCAUCCGUGGAUCCAAAGUGGAAUAAUAAUUACGAUUUAUAUCUUGGUCGCGGAGAUGGAAUUACAAUCACGGUUUGGAAUCAUCGAAAAAUCAGAAAGGGUGGCGGCUUUUUGGGCUGUGUUCGUAUACCUGCUAGCACAAUUCAAAGAUUAAAAGAUGCUGGAUAUCAAAGGUUAGAUCUACGUAAACUCACGUCUAGUGAUACAGAACCAGUGCGAGGACAGAUUAUAAUAGCGUUAAUGUCUAGAGAUGGUCCAUGUAGCGGAGGUAAUCCUUUAGCUGUAGUUGGACCUGGAGGUGAUGUUUUGGGUCCUUCAGAAGGCGACUCUUCCGAAGAUAGUUUGCCAGAUGGUUGGGAAGAGAGACGUACUGAUAAUGGACGCAUAUAUUAUGUAAAUCAUGUGACCAAAUCCUCACAGUGGAACAGACCAUCAUCCAGUCCAUCUGUGGUUGUGAAUUCCCCCAGUUCAGCAUCAAAAGAGGGAGAAAAUUCAAAUAUGGUUAAUUCCGCAAGUAAUGCAAAUUUAGUUUGCGCAAAACCAAGAAGUUCGACUGAACUUACUUUAAAUUCCAACAAAGAGAGUACCAAUCAAACGGAUCGAUUAAAUUCAGAAAAUAUUAAAGACAAUAUAGCAACGAUGUCCACCUCAAGUGGUGGUAAUAAUAGAAUUAUUAGUACCAAACAAAUUAAAGAGUCAAACAACAGUUCAAAUCAAGGCAAUGAAAUUUGUAGCAUUUCCGCCAGAGCUUUAAGUCCUGGCUCAUCUGUUUCUUCGAAUUUUCUUCAUUCUGCUAGUUCAAGCCAAUUAAAUCAAAAUAAUUCUAACAAAAAUAAAACGCCAAAAAAUGGAGUGGCUGUUAAUAACUCUUCAACUGAGUCUCCCGGUCGAGCAUCAAAUUUAAAUUCAUCAAUUACAAGUAAUGUUGCUAGAAAUGGUGGUGAACGGAACAUAGCCACUACAUCAUUUAAUUCGCCUUCUACUGCCAGAGAAAAUAAUGACUCAAAUGCUGUUCAAAAUGGUACAGCUUCCGCCAGAAAUGGAAAUGUUCUUGUAUCAAACUUAAACAUAACUGAGCCCCAACUUCAAGUUUCGAACCAUAUCAAUAAAACAAAUGCAAAUGAUAAUCUAAAUAAUUCACAGAGGUUAAGGAGAACUUCUCGAAAUUUAGAGGACUUAGUUCGCCGACGUUCUUCCCGUAACAGUAGAACAAAUCGCAAUGGUACAGGAACAGCAAGACCAUGUAUGGACUUACCACCUAGCUAUGAAAUGAGAACAACUCAGCAAGGUCAAGUUUAUUUUUAUCACAUUCCAACUGGCGUUUCAACAUGGCAUGAUCCCAGGAUUCCUAGGGAUUUUGAUGCUAAAAAUCUUCAACUUGGACCUUUGCCAAGUGGAUGGGAACAACGCCGUACAGCUUCAGGUCGGAUCUAUUUUGUUGAUCACAACAACAGAACUACACAAUUUACAGAUCCCCGAUUAAAUGGACACAUUUUACAAAUGAUAAGGAGAUUAAAUUCUGAAGGUGUAAGUAACAAUACUGAACAACCACAAAUAAAUACGUCUGAUUCUAAUACCACAUUGCCAUCAAGCUCAUCAGCACUGUCAAAUUCUUUAAUCAACAAAAAUACGAUUCAGCCCAAUUUACAAAAUCGUGUUAAUAUAAUACCACAAAUUGCGCAAAUACAAUCAACUUCAACUUCUAAUAACGAAAUCAAUAUGAAUCAUUCAAUUCCAACACAACAAACACAAUCGCCUGCCACAGCAGAAAACAGAACCUUGCAUGUUCCUGCUGAUUUACCUCAGGGUCUUCUUGAGCAAGGAGCCGAUUUAUUGCCGAAAUAUCGGAGAGAUCUCGUAGGAAAAUGCCGAGCUCUAAGAACAGAAUUACAAGCUUUACAACCACAAUCAGGACAUUGCAGAUUAGAAGUGUCACGAAGCGAAAUUUUUGAAGAGAGUUAUAGACUGAUUAUGAAGAUGCGACCAAAAGACAUGCGAAAAAGAUUAAUGGUAAAAUUUAGAGGAGAAGAAGGAUUAGACUAUGGCGGGGUAGCUAGAGAAUGGUUACAUUUAUUAUCACGCGAAAUGUUAAAUCCCCAAUAUGGACUUUUUCAAUACAGUCGGGACGAUCAUUAUACUUUACAAAUCAAUCCGGAUUCUGGAGUUAAUCCAGAUCAUCUUUCUUAUUUUCAUUUCGUUGGACGUAUUUUAGGAAUUGCUGUUUUUCAUGGUCAUUGUUUAGAUGGUGGAUUUACAACGCCAUUCUAUAAACAACUUUUAAAUAAGCCAAUAACUUUAAGUGACAUAGAAGUAGUUGAUCCAGAUUUGCAUCGAAGUUUAACAUGGAUAUUAGAAAAUAACAUAACAGGAAUACUCGAUUCUACUUUCAGUGUAGAAAAUAACAGUUUUGGUGCAUUAAAAAUUCAUGAAUUAAAGCCUGGUGGUGCAUCGCUUUCUGUUACAGAAGAAAAUAAACGCGAAUAUGUGAAAUUGUAUGUAAACUACAGAUUUAUGAGAGGAAUUGAGCAACAGUUUUUAGCACUGCAAAAAGGUUUUUGCGAACUUAUACCCAAUCAUUUAUUGCGACCAUUUGAUGAACGUGAAUUAGAAUUAGUAAUUGGUGGUAUUAGCCAAAUUGAUGUUAACGACUGGAAAACACAUACACGAUUAAAACAUUGCACUCAAGAAACACCACAAGUGAUAUGGUUUUGGCAAAUUGUAGAAUCAUAUCCAUCGGAAAUGCGAGCUCGAUUACUACAAUUUGUGACUGGUUCAUCUCGUGUGCCCUUACAAGGUUUCAGAGCUUUGCAAGGUAGCACAGGUGCUGUAGGACCCCGUUUAUUUACAAUACAUUUAACUGCUGAUGUGCCAACUCAAAAUUUACCAAAAGCGCACACUUGCUUUAAUCGGAUUGAUUUACCCCCUUAUGAAAAUUACCAGCUUCUUUAUGAUAAAUUAACACAAGCAGUAGAAGAAACCUGUGGUUUUGCUGUAGAAUGACAGAU